UCAUAGACAAUAACAUACCCAACAAUUAAUUAAUUUACUAUUGUUAGACAUAAUUUAAUUAGCUGCAGUGCAUGAUUAAUCUUGGAAAAAUUAGAUAUCUUCGCUAUAUCAGUUCCUAUCUCACCUUUCAUUCAUCCAACACAAAAAUUAAAAAGAAAAAAACAAAUUUAAAUUAAAAAAAAAACAAAGAAAAAACCACCAAUCAUGGGUUCUUUGGAAAAUCCUACUCUUCCAAUAAUAGAUUUCUCGGAGAAAAACUUGGAGCCCGGUUCACCAUCUUGGUUCACCACCGCGGAAAAAGUCGUCCAUGCCCUCGAAGACUACGGUUGCUUCAUCGCAACCUAUAGCAAAUUCUCGCCGGAGAUGCACCGAUCCAUUUUCGGCGUUUCCGAACAACUCUUCGAUCUUCCGACGGACGUCAAAAUCCUCAACACCUCCGGAACCCCGUCACACGGGUACGUCGGGCAAGAGCCCAUAAUCCCGUUGUACGAGGGUCUCGGUAUCGAGAACGCAACAACUCACACUGGAGUCGAGACUUUCACGUCUCUCUUGUGGCCCUCCGGAAACCACCAUUUCGGUGAAACUGCACUUGAAUACUCGAGGCUAGUGGCGGAACUAGAGCAAGAGGUGAUGAGAAUGGUGUCCAAGAAUUACGGAAUUGAGGAUAGCUACCAAUCAUUGGUCGGAGCAACCUCGUACCUUCUUCGGUUCAUAAAAUACCGAGCGCCGGGAAAAGACGAAACAGGUCUAGGUAUCGUGCCUCACACCGACAAGAGCUUUAUGUCCAUUCUUCACCAACGCCAAGUGAAGGGCCUCCAAAUUCAGACAAAAAAUGGCGAUUGGUUACUUGUCGAUCCAUCGCCUUCAUAUUUCGUAGUCAUGGCGGGCGACGCUUGUAUGGCGUGGACUAACGGCAGGAUUGAACCUUCGAAGCAUCGUGUGAUAAUCGAUGAGGGGAGUGAAGACAGAUACUCGCUCGGGCUGUUUACGUUUAUUAAGGAUGUUAAAAUACAAGUGCCCGAGGAGCUAGUUGACGACGAUAAUCCGUCGAGGUUUAAGCCGUUUGAUCAUUACAAAUAUAUCCACUUCUAUUACACUGAGGAGGGCAAGAGAUCAAAGUGUCCUAUUAAGGAUUAUUGUGGAAUUUGAGAUUUAUAUAUAAUUAAUAUGUUAUUUUAUUUUAUGUUUAAUUUGGUAUGUUUUAAUGUAUUGAUUUGAUGGAGGGUGUUGUUAUAUUAUUAAUUUCGGGCAAAUUAUGUAUUUAUCUACCAGGCUUGAACUUGGAGUAUGAACUGGUUGUAUCUA